AUGGCUCAAUCUAAGCAUAUAGACAAAGUUCUUGAUAGGCAUAGUGAUGAAACUAUUGCAAAUAACCGUUUAAGGUUAAAGACAUCUAUUAAUGCUAUUCGAUGGCUUGCAUUUCAAGCAUGUGCAUUUAGAGGCGAUGAUGAAAGUCCUGGAUCUUUGAAUAGGAAAAAUUUUGUUGAGUUAAUUAAGCUUUUAGUUUCCUGUAAUCAGAAUGUUAACAAUGUUAUCCUUGAAAAUGCUCCUGGAAAUGCUCAAUAUAUAUCUCCCGGUGUUCAGAAAGAUAUAUUGCAUAUCUUUGCUAGAAAAAUGCGUGCAACAAUUCGAGAAGAAAUUGACAAGUACGGUUGUGUUCAAGAAACAUUUUUUGAUCUUAUACAUGUUUCUGAUACAUGUUCUUUGACAUUGAAAACAGAAAUUUCAUCAGUUCUUUCUCGUCAUAAUCUUGAUGUCCAAAUUUUUAGGGGACAAGGGUACGAUAGAGCUACUAAUAUGCGUGGUGAAUGGAAUAGAUUGCAAGUUCUAUUUUUGAAAGAUUGCCCUUUUGCUUAUUACAUCCAUUGUCUUGCUCAUCGAUUACAAUUAGCACUUGUUUCUGCAGCCAAAGAAGUUUGUUAUGUUGAUCAAUUCUUUUCAAAACUUACACUAAUUGUGAAUGUUAUGACUAUUUCUCAUAAACGUCAUGAUCAGUUAAAGGUUGCUCAAGCAAAUAAUGUUGCAAACUUAAUUGCCAAUGAUCAAAUUGUGACAGGUAGUAUACUUAAUCAAAUUGGUACUUUGCAAAGAGCUGGAGAUACUAGAUGGGGGUCUCAUUUGAAUUCUGUACGUAGCUUGUUAUGCAUGUUUGAUGCUACUUGUGAAGUUUUUGAAAAAAGCACUGAAGAAGGUAAUUUCUCCACUCAUGGUGAUGCUAGUGCUGCUUAUGAUGCUAUCACAUCCUUUGAAUUUGUCUUUGUUUUGCAUUUGAUGAUAAAUAUUUUGGAAGUUAGUCAUGAUCUUUGUCAAGUUUUGCAAUGA